GUACCCUUUUAACGUACUAGAAUAACAACAAGAAUGACAACCACAAAGAAAAACGUGCAAACAAAACGUCACGUCAACACAGAACCACAACAACAGUGGUCCGUGCGCGAUUCGCGAUUUCUGUGUCUCACGACGGACAGACAAUCGCUCACCUUCAUUUUCAGUGACGUGUACCCUGAACGUACGACAGGCUGUUAGCGGUACCGCGCAUUUGCGAACGUUUUGGAUUUUGCGAAUGAUCGCGCUCGGACCAUACAGGAAGCACCUUCACGUAACUGCAAAGUCCCCGUUUUUCGCCAAGCGCCCAGCGCAUCCGCCCACCCGAAAAUGAGUGUCCGAAAGCGACAGGAGCGGCCCGAUCAGGUACAGCUGCUGGCAUCCCAGGUUCAGGCUCAGCAAGCCGGUCACGAUGAUGACAAACACGAAGCCAGUGACCUCCGCGGUGACUGGGGCAACAUUGCCAUCUUGUUCUUCUUGUACCUGCUUCAGGGUAUCCCGAUCGGGUUGGCCGCGGCAAUUCCGAUGUUAUUGCAAAAUCGCGGUGCCAGUUACAAACAGCAGGCCGAAUUUAGCUUCGCCCAUUGGCCGUUCAGUAUGAAGCUGCUGUGGGCACCGAUAGUCGAUUCGCUGUACUGGAAUCGUUUCGGGCGGCGCAAAUCCUGGCUCAUUCCUACACAGUAUCUAAUCGGCAUAUUUAUGUUGAUUCUUUCCACUCACGUCAACCGGUGGCUGGGAAGUGGCGGCUCAGAGGACGGUUUAGCAGACCACGUGGCCCCGAAUGUACCCAUACUGACGGGGAUAUUCUUUGCGUUGAAUUUUCUGGCUGCCACACAGGAUAUUGCCGUCGAUGGAUGGGCUUUGACGAUGCUGAAGCGGUGCAACGUUGGUCAUGCCUCGACGUGCAACAGCGUUGGGCAAACGGCAGGAUACUUUCUGGGCUAUGUGGCCUUUAUGGCGUUGGAAUCGGCGGAAUUUUGCAACAGCUAUUUGCGUUCGGAACCGUCUACAGAAGGUUUGGUCACGUUACCUGGAUUCCUUUGGUUCUGGGGAUUGGUGUUUUUGGGCACAACCACGCUGGUAGCACUCUUCAAGCGGGAAUACCUUCCGAGCAUUGAACGGGGUCAUGAUGAGCAUUUGGAAUUGGAUAUUAAACAGACAUACAGUUUACUGUUCGACAUCAUCAAAAUGAAACCGAUUUUGAUUUUGACUGCGAUUUUACUGACUGUUAAAAUUGGAUUCUCUGCAUGUGAUGCUGUUAGUUCACUGAAGCUGAUCGAUGCUGGCGUACCGAAGGAUAAAUUGGCAUUGUUGGUAGUACCAUUGGUCCCUCUUCAAAUAGUUCUCCCACUAGUCAUCAGUAAGUACACCACUGGGCCGCGGCCUAUGGAGGUAUACCUGAAAGCUAUCCCGUACCGAAUCGGUCUGACGGUGGUGGCAUGUGCAGUGGUAUGGAUCACACCGGCGCUCAUUCAGAAUCAUCAUGUUCCUUAUUACUACUACAUGAUACUGCUGGUCAAUUACGGACUUUACCAGAUCGCUCUCUACAGUAUGUUUGUGGCGGUGAUGGCCUUUUUCGCGCGAGUUAGCGAUCCUGCCGUUGGGGGUACAUAUAUGACACUCCUGAACACGCUUAGCAAUCUCGGAGGAAAUUGGCCAACAACGGUCGUUCUGUGGAUGGUGGAUGUGCUCACUUGGAAACGGUGUUCCAAUGCGACUGAUAACACGUGCUCUGAUUCCGUUGAACAAGAGACAUGCACCAAUGGCGGCGGAAAGUGCGAUAUUGAAAUCGAUGGGUAUUACAUAGAAAUAGCAGUGUGUCUGGUGUACGGCAUCCUGUGGUACCAAUGGGGAAAGCACAAAAUCCGAUACCUUCAGAGUCUACCGCAGAGUGCUUGGCGCGUUGUACAACGGCAACGGGCGCACUCGAGUUAGCAAUUAAUGCAGCUUAUUUAGAUAGUUUGUAAGUGAAAGGAACAAAAUCCACCGACAGCGUGAAAUGUGCAAAAUUGUUUCUGUUGUUAGCAAAAUUUCCGUUGAAACUAGGCAUUUCGUUUUAAAAUAUUGUUUUAAAAUUGAUACGAUCAGUGAGUUGUGUUUUACACAAAGUUGAGCUGUGCACAAAUGUAGAUGUUUACGCUGAGUAUUCUGCUAGUUACAUUACCAGCACCUAUGGCUAAGCUAAGUGCCGCGUACAACAUUUCAUCGAGUAUAUUUUGUGUGUAACCAAGCUAUUCCAUCUAAAAUCACUAACACAUUCGUUUAAUUUAUUUUUGACAGUGAUAUAGCAUAGCUAUGCGGUUUUGAUAAAAUGUGUGUAAGAUAUUGUGAGUUCUACAUCUACAUAUAUAGCGAGCAAAACAAAUAAAUAUACAACAAAAAAAAUGGUGUGCUUUC